AUGUCAGUGGCGUUCUUGUUGUCAGUUUCUAUCCGGAUUGCCCAAUGUGUGUCUGGAGGUGUAGGCAAGUCGGCGUCAGCAAGAAAACAGACUCUUUGUUCCUAUAAAAAUCGUUCAGCUGUAGCACCAUUUAGGUGCCUGACUGCCAUGCCACCCGAACGAAGCCCGAGGGCUGGGAUACUGCCAGGUUGCCCAAGCCUAGACAGGGGAAAUCGAGAGGCGGAGGUCGGGUUCGGAUCACGGACUUUCCGGUCACAAAAUUUUCUGCUGAAUUGGACUAACGAUUAACGCUGGUUGUUGAUGGGCGGGCGAUUUGUACUUUUUUUGUGGUGAAAGCACCAAUGGAUCCGAUCCCGAGACCAGUAAUUUCAUGCUAUGGGCAUGAAGGCUUGGUAUCAGAACUCGAGCAACGUUGUUCACAAACAAUAGCCUCGGAACCGGCUUUAUGGCGCCAUUCAAAACAUGUAGCCCCUUAUCCCGUUCGCAUUGAUGCCUACUUUACACGCUUCAAUUUGAACCAACUUCAGUCUACCGUCAAGGUGCUUUCAAGUGGGCGCCCCACCAGACCUUUGGGGUCCUUGAAUCCGAUGCUGUAUGUGUAUGUUUUGCCCAAUAACUCCACGCAGUAUGCCACGGGCGGUGUAAAGCAGAAACUUGCCAGCUGGUUAGGUCACUUACAGGCGGGAAAUAUAAGUGACUGGGUAGUUCUGAUGAUUGACGCUGAUCAAAAUUCAAGCAAGAUGUGGCAGAAAACAAGUGUAUUGGAUCAAAUCAAGCGCGACUUUCGUGUUCCCAACACGACUACUCAUUUUCUACAAUUGCCAGAUCGGAGAGCGGUGGAGGAAAAGGUAUUCCUUGAAGCGUGGACAGCGUUUUUACGGAGCUUCAGAAAAAUGAUUCUAACAGUCUAUCAGUCUACCAUCGAAGACUAUGAGAAUCACCUUCAGCUGCUACAGGAAGCGCAGGGAACUCCAGGCUGGGAAUUUUUCGAGUAUCUGGAAAGAAGAGAGGAACUGGCACAGCUCUAUCUUACGGUUAAUGGUUUGGAGGAUACAUUGCAACAGUACUAUGCCAUUGAGUCGCUCUUGGCUUCCGCAAUACGCGCCGUUGCUUCACGAAACGACGAGCAAUUACCAGGCUGGGUGAAAAAUCUCAAAUCACACGGCGCUGAUAAAGAAUCCUGCUCCUUCUUGUGCUACUAUCCCUGGGUCAAGUCCCGAAUACAUCCGCAACUGCUGGAACUCCUGCAAAACCGUUUCGCAUCUGUUUUUGACAUUCGGAACUAUUUGCUGUCACGGGAAUGCGGACUACUGAAAGCCUACAGUCGGGUACAUGAUAUGCCUUCUCGAGCUCUUCUGCACAUCCGUCACGGAUUGGAAGAGUCCGAAAUCUUGAAUCUUUACACUUCUUUGGAACUCAAUCACCUUUGGGCAUUUCUCUGCGCAUUGAAUUGUCUGAACGUCCUGCGUCCAUCGACCGGUCCUGCUGCUGACGAAAUUGCGGACUCUGUGGCGUCGGUGCUGUCCAAUGCAUUCAAACCAUUUUCGACCAAAGGCAGUUCCUUGGCCCAGUCCCUGGAAUCUGCAGAUGGACUACUUAGAACACAAAGUAGCAAUAACGCAUUCCUUCGAGACAUGUCCGAAUUGAGUCCAGCUCUGGCUUCGCUGGCCGCGACUGUUCACUUUCUUUACAAAUUUAUCAUUGUCAAUGUGCCUACCCUGUCCGAGAAACCACAAGCCGUUAUACCUCUUGGGGAACUACCACUUAGUGUUUCACACGCUGUGGAUUUGUGGCUCAUGGCAUUCAUCGAACUCACGCACAUUGGUCGGGUUUUAUCCCUUUGGACUGCCACGGAUGAGGUGAAUUCUUCGGACUCGAUCAUACAACUGAUUAAAGUCAGUGUAUUUCAAUGCUUCGCAUCCGACCUCACAGAUCAAACUUUAUUCGGACGUUCCGUGCACAAACAACUUGGCAUGCUGCUUACCUCUCCGGCACUGUAUGAAGAAGUUUAUGUCGCAAUGGCACAGACCUUAAUUGGGUUCCUCCGACUAAUCCACGAGCCUCGCAGGACCCCGUUCAUCUGUUGCCUUCUGGCCGACUUUAUGCGAACUAGACAUAUUUUCCCCCGGGCCAUCGAACUGUACAGCAUUGUUUUAUCCAUCUAUCUUCGUGAUGGAUGGUCGCUCCUCACCGUACUUACCUGUCUCCUGUUGGCUUGCUGCCUGAGAACCUUCCUGGAAGAUACUCGGGCUGAAAAUACUUCGCCUGUUGGUUACCUUACACGCUACUCUGACUGCUGUCUGUUGCUCAGUUGUGCCACGACGACAGAACUUCAGUUGGCCAAUGGCUGUUUGACCCAUUCAGCACCGAAAUCAGCCAAGGGUCUUGAACUCAGUCUGACGAAACUAUCUGUUCCAACCGAGGACCUGUUGUUGUCGGACUUUUGGUGGUUCGAAGCUGUCAAAUCCUGUCAGCAACUGACUGACGACACCGUGUUUGAUGCCUCAUGUUCUUUAUCGUCUCCUUUUUCUAUCGAUUUCGUUGAGUUAGAUGGUGCUAGCAACAAUGGUUAUCAGCUCAUCACGAUAGGACUCCAUGUAACUGCGGAUGUUCAUUUCAAAGUUAGCGUACAUGUGGGUGGUACAAAACCCGAAGCAAAAGAUUGGGAGACGGUCAUGCGUUAUGGUGUCGUUAGGGAGCAAUGGCCCCCUCAAUUCAGCUCGAAUCUACCCAAAGCCGAUUCACAAACCGCAGAAUUGCGUUCAAGCACCCCACCUACUGGUGUUGUCAAAUCUGCGAGUGGAUCUCCAGUUCUCACAUCUAAGUUCACACAUUCGCGUUCGUUUGCUCAUCUUUUCCGUAAGGAUGCAACCUCCAUAUACCAUAGCACGGAGUCUGUUGGAAGGGUGCAAACGGGUAGUGUAGCAUCUGAGACUCGUGGUAUUCCACGUAAGAUAUCCUUGUUGGACACAGUGGCCUCGUUAGCCAGUCGUUCUGCGUGGGUCUCACAAGAGGGUAUGCACGUGGUUCGAUUAUCCAGGACUUCCUCGUUUGACGGUUCCGUGGGACAAUCUACACAGGAACAAGUACUCCACGUGGGUGUCGACGAUGCUCUGACGAAACUUCGUCGCGAGGCACAACCUUCACACCGGCUGGCCUCAUUCCAAAUCGGACAUGGUUUGUGGCCGCCAUCGACUCUGGCUGAAGAAGAAGACCGCUGCCACUCCACAGAGGAACCAGCUGUCGAUUGUUCCACACUCGAGAGUGAAUCUGAUGCGUGUUUUCUUAGACCACUGGCGGCAACUUCUAUCUCACCUUUUGAUGUGUCGUUUUCAACAGUUCAAAAUGCGGACGAUUCACCCCUUGUACUGCUUCAGCCUGGACUCAACAAAAUUCAACUUAAAGCUAAUUGUCGCGGUUUCUUUCUUCCAAAGAAGCUGUUUCUGACUAUUGUGGACCGGGAGCGAACAAGGGAUCCUAAGGAACCAGCUACCUCGUCGCCCAGUUUCUUAAACGCAAAUGGUUCAUUCAAAAUGUGCUACGAUAUUCGUGCCUCUGACUUUUCUGUCACGUGGACCGAUCAACAAUUGUUAGAUUACCUGUUGCCCACAGUCUGUGUGUCUUCGGCAUUCUGUGAUAAAACUUGCACAAUUUCCGUUAUUUUAGGUCUGAGACAAACUGUUCCUAUCGUCCUUCAACCUGGAAAACUUGGUUUACCUACCAACAGCACUACAGGCGUCACUCUCUACCGACUACUUCCGAACAUUUACCAAAAUAACUUAUCUUCCCAGGCCAAGGUUAAACUGGGACCAAGUGACUAUAUAGUCACAUCACCAACAAAACAAAAGCCCGAUUCGGAUGGCCAGCAACCACUCCCAUAUCCCUAUGACUAUCAGGACGGUCCUGUUUCCGUUGAAUUUUCUCAGACUGAUUGCGAAAACACUGAUUCACCACCUUCAGCAAAAUUAUCAAGGCCCCUGUGGCUGACUCCGAUCACAGAUUCGGAUGAAUUCUUCUUGGCAAUGCCGUCCGGAUACUUGUGUCGACUUCCCGUCAAGGUCAUUCGCCCGUUUGUGAUCAUGCUCAAUAUCUACACAAUACAUCCAUCCGACACCGUGGUAUUCGCCAUACGGAUCGCCUGCAAAGACAUUCCAGAACAGCGACACUCAGCAAAGCGACCUCUCAAGCCUACACCAGACAAGCCUCUGACUUUUUUAUUAUCACAGUUCCAGUUUAUGAUAACUGCUCCGACAGCACAAGACAACUUCAGCGCACCGUCUUCCCGGAAGGGUUCGACACUAGAAACACCUGUGUUCUCGGUUCCAACGUCUUUGGUAUCCAGUCGCAAAGGCUCUAUUCUACAUAUGAAUGUUGCUGAAACUCAAGUACCGGGUCUCUCCGAUUGCAUGUUCGCUAACCCAGUGGAUCCGCGCUGCACACAUAUCGAAGUAAAUCGACUUUGUCCGGUGAAUUUGCUGUUUCGCGUCAAGUUCAGCGAGUUCCGUCCAUUUGUGAAGUCACUUUUGAAACGCUUUGGUCAUUCCCCAGUGGCGCGAUUCUCCUGCGCAUUCAGCUUCGCCGAUGAUCCUGAUUACGAAGCACAGCUAACGUUCAGUCGGGCAAUCUCGCCUGUACGUCAGCGUGUCCCCGAAAAACUCAAGCCUGCGUGAAUAAUCCGGAACAGCACGCGGACCAGUAACCAAAACUUACCAUAUCAGCUCGAUCGGCUACUCUAACCACACAUUCCAUUUCUUAAUUUUCUGAUGAAGUUUUUGCGUCUUUGAUGCUCCUGUCUUCUGUGAUCAUCUAUGUUUGCUCACCGCUUGUCUUUUGCCAAAAAACGAUCAACUUCGUUUACGAGCUACCUGUUUUUCCGAGUAAAUAUGAUGUUCGUG